CGGCCUUCAGGGCUCCGCUGGCGGGGGUGGAGUGGGCGCUGGACUGCGUGGAUGCGCUUAAGGAGCUGGAGUGGGAGGACGAGCUGCUGUCACACGAGCUGUGUGAGGAGGUGGUCACGGCAGCUGGCGCCCCGGCGCCGGCGCCGCCACCGCCACCGCCCGCACAGCCGCCCUCGCAUCCCGCCCAGCCCGCCCCCGCUGCUGUUGCUCACACCGCUUCCACGUCCUCCUUGGGCCGCUUGCCGCACUCCCCGUCCCCGCUGGGUCCGCUGGCCGCCUCCCCCAAGAGCUCCUUCAGCUUCCUGUCCGCCCUGCACGAGGCAAGCAGCCGCGCGCACGGGCACUGGAGCAGGGAGUCCUCCCCGCCCGCCGGCAGGAGCCUCAGCCAGGGGAGGAGCCAGGGGACAUGCAAGAGCCUGCGGCCGACGUCACUGUCGGGGGAGGCGUCGCCGGCGGUGACGGCACCGCAGCUGGAGUUAACGGUGGUGGCGGCCAGGGGGGCUGCUGCUGCUACUGCGGGAACCGCAGCGGCGGCAGCAGCGGUGACCCAUGGGUCAGGUGGCGGCCUGGGGAAGGUCAGCAACCUUCGUAUAAUUGCGGCCUCUAAGCGCUCUCAUGAGCGGGGUCUGCGAGUCAAGGUGGGUCUAGACGUGGGCCCUGUCACCUACAGCCUAACCGCCUCCUCCGGCCGCCUCAGCUACCGGGGACGGGUCAUGAACCGCGCAGCACGCAUCGCAGGCAAGGCCGCAGCGGGUCAGGUGCUGUGCAGCGGUGCGGUGUGGCAAGCCUGUGAGACGGCCAUGGCACUCGGUUGCAGCGGCGGCAGCCGCCCCAGCGGCGACUGUAGCGGCGAUAUGGGUGGCAGCCGUGAGGACAGUGAGGGGGAGCUGUGUCGUGGCAUUGUGGGUGUCAGUUUGGGCAAGGUGGCGCUGAAGGGUAUUAGUGCACCAGUUGAGGUGGUGCAAUGCACUCGGGGCACGUGAGGGAGGGGGGAAAUGUACGGCAGUACGACAUGCGUGGGGGCUACGGGGCUGGGAAGCAGGGAAGGCAGCGAGGCAGUCCGGGCCGCCUUUUGGUUGUGCCAAUCCUGCUAUAGUUUUGCGAGAGGUAUAGCAUGUGCGGAGGAAGAGUGUUGGCCGCAUUGCUGACUGGAGGGUGGCCUGGAUUGGGUCGUAGCGCGCUAGGAAGGAGAGCUGAGUGUUGGGACUGUUAGUCAUAGAGAAUUUUGGGCUUGGCAUUUUGGGGGGAUCCGACGCCCACUGUCCAUUUGCCUGCCUGAGAGGAGCACCUGAUGGGGUAUUGGAGCCUGACACGGCUUGAGAGGUAGCGUGGCCCUUAACUUACAAAGAGCACAGUAGGUCUGCACAUGAGGGUGCGAGUUGUUGGCUGCAGGCUUUGGGAGUGGCAUGAGCCUUUGCCUAGGGCUCUGCAAGCAGUUGGGUAACGUGUGGUGCAGCAUGUCUGUCAGAACCGGGGAACUGGAUCUGGGGAGAGGUAGAAGACGUCUACAACACAGCACUAACACAGCACUGCCAAAUUGACACUGCGGCUUUGCAUCAUUGAGCGGAAGACCCCUUAGAGACCCCUUAGAGCAGUGGGUGGUUGGAGCAUAGUGCCUUCCUGCAAUCGAGGAACCCUGGCUGCAAUUUGGCGCCAAGCAUUCGGGAGCUUUCGGCAUCUGUCGUCGCCUGUUGGCACCCCCCUGUUGUUGUUGUUGUUGUUGUUGUUGUUGUCGGGCUCGACUGUCCUGCCCUGCGUCCUGGCGUUGCCAUGGUUGCAAUCGGGGAAGUUGUUCGUGCCGUCCUGCUGUGUUGAUAGCUUUGCCGCCCUGUGUUGAUAGCAUUGCCGUCCUGCUGUGUUGAUAGCAUUGCCGUCCUGCUGUGUUGAUAGCAUUGCCGUCCUGCUGUGUUGAUAGCCAUUGCCGUCCUGCUGUGUUGAUAGCUUUGCGUCUACAUGCCCUGUUGUGUCAGGUUGUGACAUGGAAAUAGAGUUUUGUCAAGGUCAGGCUGUGGCAGGCGGGGGAGGCGCAAUGCCACAGUGCCGCCCUAUCCGCGGCCCCGCUGUGAGCAGGCUGUGUUAGGGUGCGCGGGUAGAAUGCGCCAUAUCGUGGGGGCCGGGAAGGGGUCGAUUUGGCUGGCAAGAUGCUGGGCUUACACAUAAACUUUGGUACCAUGUGUGCUGUAAGUAGCUUUGUGUAUACUAAAAGUAUAAAAUUGUGCAGCGUUUUCUGUUACUGGCACUGUUGUGGCCAGCCUUUCCUACAUAGUAAGUUGCGAACAGGGCUCUGCCGUUCGUGCAGCCCGGGUGCUGCAUGUGAUUGCUGGCUGGGGUUAGAAGACGAGGUUCAUGAGAUCAAGACGGAGGGGACCCUUGGCCCCUCCGUGCAGUGUUUGCAGCUUGGGUUGUCGUAUAUCGAGCGUGGACUGAAGCGGGUCCGUGGCUGUGUUCUGUCUUCUGUGGCUUGUGCUCUCACUGCCGGUACUUGGAGGUGCUUAGGCAAGCUGGGAAUCGCCGGUAGUGCACCCAUGCGUAUGUAAGCAGGUCCCAUUGUAAAACGCAUGUUACAC